AUCUAGGGCUUCUCCAUAUUUUCCGGUGAUACAAAAACCAAAUCCAUCUCUCUCCUCAUUCCUAAAAAUUUCCAAAUCAGAAUUAACAAACACUCUGUUCGUUAUUUCUCUCUCUCUCUCUCUCAUUCUCUCCCCGUAUUUUCCGUUAUCGACGAACAGUUUGCUGCAAGAAAACAAAUUAACAACGUUUUGUUCAUCUUGCAGUGGAGAUAACGGAAAAAAAAUAAACCAAAACAUCAUCAAUCUCUCUUGUUUCUUGAUUCACAAGACUUCUUUUCUGUGAUUUUCUUUUCUGAAUUUACAUACUUUAAAGGUUUUGUAUAAGAUCCUUCUCAUUCAUUUGGGAUCAUAUAAGAUCAAAAGAUCUCUGGUGGGUUGAAGAGAUGUACAAUUGCAUAAUUUAGGCUACUAAACAUUUUGAUCAUCGAUCAUCUUCAUUUUGAUAAAACCUGAGGUUCCUGGGAUUUUGGGGCUUGGGGACCAUUCAUGAUAUAUUUGUUCUUGAUGCGGAUAGGUGAAGAAUCAGCCUGAAGUAUUAUGGGAUGCAUUUGCUCUAAAGGAACUGCAGAAGAAGAAGUUAAUGACCAAUAUGAGAAACCUAAAGAGAAUUGGGACAAAACGUCCUCAGUUCAGUUGACCGCACCUGUAACUUCCAACAAAGAUGAGUUUUCACUUAAAUCGGGGGACGAAAGCUCUGGUAGACGCAAAAAUGAAGGGUUGGCGCAUAAACCAUCCGGUAGAGCCAGCGGAUUGAUUGUUCCUGUAGACGACAGUGAUGGUAAAACUGUAAUUGUUGAGAGACCUACGAGGUGUCACAGGAGAUCUUCAACUGCAGAUAUUGGAAGAGGAGGAGGAGGAGGAGGAUUCAAUAUGUUUCAACCGUUUAGUAUCUCCACAGUUGUUCCACAGAGCCCCGAGGCAGAGCUCAUUGCAGCUGGAUGGCCUUCUUGGUUAACCUCUGUUGCAGGUGAAGCCAUCAAGGGUUGGGUUCCACGAGGUGCAGAGUCUUUUGAGAAGCUGGACAAAAUUGGACAAGGGACUUACAGCAGUGUGUACAGAGCCCGGGACCUUGAGACUGGUAAAAUGGUAGCCAUGAAGAAGGUCAGGUUCGUUAAUAUGGAUCCGGAAAGCGUGAGAUUCAUGGCCAGAGAAAUCCACAUCUUGCGCAAACUUGACCAUCCAAACGUUAUGAAGCUUGAGUGUCUUGUGACCUCAAAACUUUCUGGUAGCUUGUACCUUGUGUUUGAGUACAUGGAGCAUGACCUCUCGGGACUCGCUCUUAGACCCGGUGUAAAAUUCACUGAAUCCCAAAUCAAAUGUUACAUGAAACAACUGCUUAGUGGGCUUGAACACUGCCACAGCCGUGGAAUCCUCCACCGCGACAUUAAAGGUUCAAAUCUCUUGGUAAACAAUGAUGGAGUUCUCAAGAUUGGAGAUUUAGGUCUGGCGAACUUCUAUCAUCCAGAACAAGAUCAACCCUUAACGAGCCGUGUAGUAACCUUGUGGUACAGGGCCCCUGAGCUUCUACUGGGAGCUACAGAAUAUGGACCCGGGAUAGAUCUGUGGAGUGUUGGUUGCAUUCUUACAGAACUGUUUUUAGGGAAACCUAUCAUGCCGGGAAGAACAGAGGUGGAGCAAAUGCAUAAGAUCUUCAAGUUGUGUGGUUCACCAUGCAAUGAUUACUGGCAAAAGACAAAGCUACCACUUGCCACAAGUUUCAAGCCACAACAACCUUAUAAGCGUGUCCUUCUAGAGACUUUCAAGAAUUUACCACCGUCAGCUUUAGCUCUUGUUGACAAGCUUCUAUCCUUGGAACCAGAGAUGCGGGGCACAGCUUCUUCGACACUAAGUAGCAAGUUCUUCACAACGGAACCACUCCCUUGUGAUGUAUCAAGUUUGCCCAAGUAUCCUCCAAGCAAGGAACUUGAUGCAAAGGUCCGUGAUGAAGAAGCAAGAAGGAAAAAGGCUGAAACUGUGAAGGGUCGUGGACCUGAAUCUGUGAGACGAGGUUCGAGAGACUUCAAGAGUACCGCUACAACACCGGAGUUCGUUGCUUCAGGGCAGGCAAAAGAUACAAUCACCAACCGGAGGUAUAAUCCUCAGGAAGACAGUAGAACCGGCUUGAGGGGAGAGAUGGGAAGAGGCGACAGAGACAAAGGCUUUUCUCAUACCAAUUCAAUGAUUCAUCCAAACAUAGCAGCAACAUGGAGUAAAAAUGAUAGCUCUAGGCACAACGUUGUUGAGCUGAAGGCUACCCGAUCUAGCAACGUGCCCAUGGCUGGGAGAUACUUGUCUCCUUCACAUAAAGAGGAUGUAUCCUUAGAACCCACAACGACAUACGUACGCAAGAAGAACAGAAUGCACUGUUCAGGUCCACUAAUGCCUCCCGGUGGAAACAUUGAGGACAUUCUGAAAGACCAUGAGAGGCAAAUCCAAGAAGCUGUAAGGAAAUCACGACUUGAGAAAUCAGCAACAAAGAAAAAUAACAACAGAACAGGUGCAAAGUAGAAGAAGACAUGGAUGCAACUUUGCUAACACCAAAACAAGAAAAGAGCAUUACCUGAACUGGAAGAACGAAGAUCGACCAUGAUAAUCAUCGGCUCUACUAUUCAAUUCAGCGCUGCAAUAGACAAUACUCUUACAGAUAUAUUAGCAAGGCAAUGCCACAGCUAUGCUUAUGGUAGUAUGAUCUGUUACUAUAUGUAGUGUGGUCCUUGUACAUGACAAGUCCUGUUU